AUGCUGCGCUACUUGCGAGAAAAGCACCCGCCCAAAGGCUACAAGAACGAAGACAUUCCGCAGGAAUGCGAAGUUCCAGAUUGGGUUCAAGAAAGAAAGGUUCCAGAUUGGGCCGUGAACUGUGGCCCCAACCUAUUGGAAGGCCGCGAGGGUGGUAGUCAAGACCGGGAAGGCUUUGUUUGGAGGCCAGGCAUGGAGAAGUGCACCGAGGGCAUCUGGGUGUGGUCAGAGGUCUUUGUGUGCAAAGCUGGCGAUGAGGAUGUGGCCGUGGUGCUGAUGGAUACCCAAGGCGCUUGGGAUGCGCGCAUGAGCAAGGAGCAGAGCGCGACAAUCUUCGGCCUCACUACCUUAUUAGCAUCCCGCCUUAUCUACAACGUCUCAAAGCAGAUUCAGCAGGAUAAGAUUGACAAUUUGCUGUACUUCACAGACUUUGCCAAAGCUGCUCUCCGAGCCAUGCAGAGGGGCACCGGCUCCGUGAGUGAGCCAUUCCAAACAUUGGAAUUCCUGGUCAGGGAUUGGCCGCACUAUCAGGAAAACUUCAACUUCAAGGAUGCCAGAAACAUGAUGAAGAACCAUUUGGACCAGUAUUUCAACCCAAAGAAGUCCCAGGACACAAAAAGCGUUGAGGCACUUGUGGACUUGUUUCAUGACAUCGACGUAUGGUGUCUUCCACAUCCCUCUCUGAAGAUUGAAAGUGAGACCUGGAAUGGGGACCUGGCAGUGAUUGAGAAACAAUUUUGGCGAUACAUUGAUGGCUAUUUGGACAAGAUUUUUGACCCAGCGCAGUUGCAAGCAAAGCAAAACCUUGGCAAUGCCAUCACCGUGUCUACGUUUGGCACAGUGCUGCGCGAGUUCUCCAGCGCCUUCAGUGAUGCUGCGCCACAAGCACAAACCUUUUCAGAGGCAAUGGAGGCGCAGAUCGGAUUUAGGUUUUGA